AUGAAUACAUCACUUCCACCUCCCCUUCGAAGCAAGCUUGGCGGCAAGCGCGAAUGGAAGCUCAAGCCAAGACAAGAUCUCACUCCAGCAGUAAUCAGAUCCCAAGAGCCGAACAAAAUGCGGAUUGCAUUGAUCAGUGUGACGGAAGCGGGCCUGGUACGAGAAGUAUAUUACGAUCGAGGUUAUGGAAAUGGUGAACCAUUCGACUGGAACGAUUCGAGCGACAUUUUCCUCUUGAACGACUGGAGACGAGAGAAGAUUCGCAAGUACACACCGGGAGAUCUGGGCCAGAUGGAGCGCACAAAUGUUGUUAGGAAUCAGGUUAUCGAGAAUAGAGUUGUCAAGAAGCCAGUUGCUCCCAGGGCGAUGAUAGAGCAGUCUCAAAAGCCGCAAACUGGUCGAAAACAAACAUCCGCUAUGAUUCGAGAGCCGGUAAACCCUAACAAAAAUCUCGAUACUGAAUUUAUCACAAUGGUCGGGCGCAGCAGAGAAAUGGAGAAAUUUCGUGCUCGGAAACGCAGAUCUGCACGUCAGGUAACACCAAGACUUGCGAAUGGCCGUCGCCAACAUCGAUCUAACCCUCAAGGACCUAUUGAAUUUCUUCCUGUCGAUCUUGAAAGGCUCAGUAGCUUGACACCAAAGCAACAGCGACGCGCUCAGAAUACCCACGUCAAGAACUGGCUGGUUAUCUUUGAGAUGAUUGAGAGCUCUCUCGGAUUACCGAACCGGGAGAUUGGUGUUGAGUAUAAUCUUUGA